UUGUUUUCCUCCGCGGAUCUGCGGCGGGAGUAGGGGCUCCCACUCGGACCCAGGACUCUCGUAACCCGACAGCGCCCUGGAGCCUAAACCCAAGCACCAUCCAGACGGGACGCUCGUCGCAUCUCGCCCGAACCCCAAACACGGAUUGCGAACUCUGUGCGGCGCGGAGCUGGGGGUUGCCUGCAGCUCCCUGGAUCUCGCUGACCCUGAUCUCCGAGCAAGUACCCUGGGAUCAGAGGGCUCCAAUCCCCCUUCAUCCCCCACAGGACCCACCACCCCAGAGGCAGCCUGAUGAGGGAAGAAGGGGAAAGCGGGGCACGUUCAGCCAUUUCUCCUCACCCGUCCUUUCUGUCCUUCGCUCUGCAGAGGGGAGCCAGCGUAUGGGUGAGGGGGUACCCCCUGGGGCUUAAGCUGCCCCACACAGGAUGCCCCGUGCCCCCCACCCCAUGCCCCUGCUGCUGCUGUUGUGGCUGUCACUCCCUCAUGCCCAGGCUGCCUUUCCCCAGGACCCCAUCCCUCUGGUGACGUCUGACCUGCAAGGUUCUUCUCCAUUAUCCUGGUUCCGGGGCCUGGAGGAGGAUGCUGUGGCUGCAGAACUCGGGCUGGACUUUCAGCGAUUCCUGACCUUGAACCGGACCUUGCUUGUGGCUGCCCGGGAUCACGUUUUCUCCUUCGAUCUUCAAGCCCAAGAAGAAGGGGAGGGGCUGGUGCCCAACAAGUUUCUGACAUGGAGGAGCCAGGACGUGGAGAACUGUGCUGUUCGGGGAAAGCUCACGGACGAAUGCUACAACUACAUCCGUGUUCUUGUUCCCUGGGACUCGCAGAGGCUCCUUGCCUGUGGAACAAACUCAUUCAGCCCCAUGUGCCGCAGCUAUGGGAUAACUUCGCUGCAACAGGAAGGUGAGGAGCUGAGUGGACAAGCUCGAUGCCCCUUUGAUGCCACCCAGUCAAAUGUGGCCAUCUUUGCAGAGGGCAGUUUGUACUCGGCCACAGCAGCGGAUUUCCAGGCCAGUGAUGCUGUAGUUUACAGAAGCCUGGGAUCGCAGCCCCCACUCCGUUCUGCCAAGUAUGACUCCAAGUGGUUGCGAGAGCCACACUUUGUCUAUGCUGUGGAGCACAGAGACCACGUCUACUUCUUCUUCCGAGAGGUCGCUGUAGAGGAGUCCCGGCUGGGGAGGGUGCAGUUUUCUCGGGUAGCCAGGGUGUGUAAACGCGACAUGGGCGGCUCACCUAGGGCCUUGGACCGCCACUGGACUUCCUUCCUUAAGCUGAGGCUCAACUGCUCUGUCCCUGGGGACUCUACCUUCUACUUUGACGUCUUACAGGCCUUAACGGGGCCUGUGAACCUGCAUGGCCGCUCUGCUCUCUUUGGGGUCUUCACUACUCAGACUAACAGCAUUCCUGGGUCUGCAGUAUGCGCCUUCUACCUGGAUGACAUUGAGCGUGGGUUUGAGGGCAAGUUCAAGGAGCAGAGGAGUCUGGAUGGGGCCUGGACUCCUGUUUCUGAGGACAGAGUCCCCUCACCCAGGCCAGGGUCCUGUGCAGGUGUGGGUGGAGCUGCCUCGUUCUCCUCCUCUCAAGACCUACCUGAUGCUGUCCUGCUCUUCAUCAAGGCUCACCCACUUCUGGAUCCCGCUGUGCCACCUGCGACCCACCAGCCUCUCCUCACUCUCACCAGCAGGGCUCUGCUGACCCAGGUAGCUGUGGAUGGCGUGGCUGGGCCGCACAGAAAUACUACAGUCUUGUUUCUUGGCUCCAAUGACGGGACAGUGCUGAAGGUGCUACCUCCAGGGGGACAGUCUCUGCGACCUGAGCCUAUCAUACUGGAAGAGAUUGAUGCCUACAGCCCUGCCCGGUGCAGUGGGAAGCGCUCAGCCCAAGCUUCACGGCGGAUCAUAGGGCUGGAGCUGGACACCGAGGGUCACAGGCUCUUUGUGGCCUUUCCUGGAUGUAUCGUCUACCUCCCUCUCAGCCGCUGUGCCCGGCAUGGGGCAUGUCAGAGGAGCUGUCUGGCUUCUCAGGACCCAUACUGUGGGUGGCAUCGACUGAGAGGCUGUGUGAGCAUCAGGGGACCUGGUGGGACUGAUGUGGAUGUGACUGGGAACCAGGAAUCCACGGAGCACGGUGACUGCCAAGAUGGAGCUACUGGGAGUCAGUCUGGCCCUGGGGAUUCUGCUUAUGUGCAUCUGGGUCCUGGCCCUUCCCUUGAGACCCCCAGUUCCCCCAGUGAUGCCCACCCAGGGCCCCAGUCUUCCACUCUUGGAGCUCACACGCAGGGUAAGGGGGUUGCCUGGGAGGGACCGAGUGCAGUGUGGACCUGUUGAGGCUGAGAAUUCUAAGCCGGGUGCUGAUUGGUGUUUGAUAACCACUAACACCUGUUUGGAACCGCCCUUCACCACAGCUGGACAUCCCAGCCAGUGUCCUGCACAGGCAGGAUGGCAGAUGUGCCUGGCAUGGCUGCAGGGGCUACCCCAGACCCGUGCUCUAGCCUGUGUGUUUAGGGAUCCCGGGAAAACGACUCCUGAGACUGACUGGAGCGAAGCUGAGCAGCAGCAUGAGAACUUGUGGUUGGCCCCACCUGUGUCCCUUCCGUGCACCUAAAGCUGAGCCGCCUCCCUCCUUCUUGGCCGGCAGGCGUGCGCAGGGACCUUUCCCCAGCUUCAGCCUCCCGCUCCAUCCCCAUCCCACUCCUCCUGGCCUGCGUGGCGGCGGCCUUC